AUGACAAACAAUGCUGUUUUUAAAUCAACCAAGCAAAACAAAGCUUUCUGGUGUGUGUGUUUCAUCCAAAUGUAUAUCAUAGCAGAUGAAAGUCAGUGCAACGACAAGCUCUACAAGUUGAGGCCACUGAUAGAUGGGCUGAAUAGGCAGUUUAAACUAGCUUAUGGUCUGAGACGAGAGGCCUGCGUCGACGAAUCCAUCAUACUCUUCAAAGGAAGGUCAUCAAUGAAGCAGUAUAACCCCAUGAAACCGAUCAAACACGGCUACAAGAUUUGGUGCUUGGGAGACAUGUCGGGCUUCAUCCAGACCUUCCAGGUGUAUCAAGGAAAGCAAGAAAGGGCUACACGCUUUUUUUUCGACAACUACUUCUCCUCCGUGUCACUGAUGGCGAAAUUGAAAAUGGAAAAAACAUGUGCCUGUGCCACAAUACGGAGCAACCGAAGGCAGCUUCCAGAACUUCGCUUUGACAAGAGCUUGACACGGGGAGAGCACGACUUCAAAACUACCGAGGAAGGAAUAACUCUCUUCAAAUGGAAAGACAACAAGGUAGUCUACAUUAUUUCGAACUACCAUGGCUGUGAAGUGGGAACUGUGGAAAGAAUGGAGCGAGACGGCACAAAAAUAACGGUCUCGUGCCCGAAUGCGCUCUCGGACUAA